AUGCCUCAACUAAAUACAUCUACAUGGUUUAUUACCAUUAUAGCCAUGCUACCUACAUUAUAUCUUAUUAUACAAUUAAAGCUACUAAGCACAAACUACCAUUUUUCCCCACCACAAAAAGAAAUUUAUAGUAUACAGGCAUUUAAUAGCCCUUGACAACUAAAAUGAACGAAAAUUUAUUUACCCCAUUCAUAG